GAGCGUUGGGGUCGCUGGAAAAUCCCUUGCCCCUUGCGGGAUAUUAUUAUCGUGUCCCAGGAGCCUGUCGCCACCCACCAAGCCCCUCGUCCGAUGCUGCACCGAAGGCUUGGCGUCUUCCCCCGAAGCUUCGGCGCAUCUUCCCAGCCACCGUGUUGACCCCAGCCCAGCCCAGCCCGGUCCAGCCCAGCCCGGUCCAGCCCAGCCCAGGAUGGGAUCGGCGCCGGGGGCGGGGGCGGGGGCCGGGGUCAAGGGCGCUGCCGCGAAGCUUCUUACAGCCGUGUGCAGGGCCGUGGGGUGUCGCGUCGAGCGUAUUCUUUUCUUGUGGGCGGUGCAGUACACUUACUUACACUUGGUAUGCCGUGCUGUCUCGACCCGCCGUCGUCCCAAUAUCCCAUUCGACGGUGCCGGGGGUUGCCACCAACCCGUCCCUUUCCGCGCAUGGCUUGUCGUCCAACCAGCACCCAGCAGAGAGCACCACAGGGUGACGAUGAGAAUAUUAUACAGUGUCACCACCUCACGAAACCUUCGGGGGUGCCAGGGGCGGGGGACGCAGUGUGCGGGCGCUCGCGAAGCAAGGAGUGCCUCCUCCUCCUCCUCCUCCUCCUCCACCUCCUCCACCUCCUCCUCUUCCUCCCCUCCCUGCCCCCCUCCUCUCCCGCCAGUUCUUCCUCCCGGUCCUCCUCUUCUUCUCUGUGCUCCUCUUCCUCCUCCGCCUCGCCCGGGCAGCGUUCACAGAAGGGGUCCAGUUCUCGCCGUCCCUCUUACUUUCCUCCUCUCCCCCCCCCCUUUCUUUUUGACUUUCCUAGGUAGCCUGGCCAGGGGGGAGCGGACCAAAAGAGCACCGAAAACACAAUUUGGCCUUGGUUAAUAGUCCUCGACCAAACCCGUCGAGAAGCUGGGAAACUCUACUGUCGUGGCCGGUUUGGCCUUGAAAGACGGGCUUUUUCGAGUUACCAGACCUAAGGCAGUCAGAGAGCCCCCAUUCCCGACUCAACUCGACAUGGCAAAUGAUACAGCGAGACCCUGCAUCUGGCCAUAUCCCAUGUCUUUCUUUCUUUCUGCCUCGACGUCAAUGCUUUUUGGACAAAUACCCUCCCCUCCCCUACCCCCUUCCCUUCCCUUUCUCCCCACCAAGGUCAACUUACGGACUAGUUCCUGCAAACGUUUCGACUGAGAGACAAGCAGGGGGGAGGGAAGGGAAGAGGUGGGGAG